AUGCAUGAUGAAUUGGCUAUUUCAAGAAUGAGUGAUGGCAGUGAUGCAGAGAUGCGAAAGCCUCCACCUCCACCAAAUCCGCCUCCGCCUCCACCUCCUAGUCCACCACCACCCCCAAGACCUCCACCUCCUCCAAAACCUCCUCCAGCACCACCACCCAAACCACCACCUGCUCCUCCCCCAAAGCCACCACCACCACCAGCACCUCCUCCUAGUCCACCACCUGCACCACCUCCAAAGCCUCCCCCAGCACCACCACCUAACCCUCCACCGGCUCCUCCACCAAGUCCGCCACCUCCACCUGCUCCCCCUCCCAAACCACCUCCACCACCAAGGCCACCACCACCUCCUAGACCGCCACCUCCACCUAGCCCACCGCCAGCACCACCUCCUAAUCCUCCGCCAUGACCUAAUCCACCACCCCCGCCAAGACCACCUCCGCCACCAAGUCCACCACCCCCUCCAAGACCACCUCCACCACCAAGUCCACC